AUGGAGUUCAACCAGGGGAAUGCCAAGUCCUGCCUUUGGAGAGGAACAACCCCAGGCCCUGGGUUCAACGUGGAGACAGUGGAGGACAAGAACAUUUGCUUCACCGGUCUCAUCUUCGUGGUGGACAGCAACGACCGAGAGCGAGUGCAGGAGUCUGCCGAUGAGCUGCAGAAGAUGCUGCAGGAGGACGAGCUGCGGGACGCCGUCUUGCUGGUGUUUGCCAACAAGCAGGACAUGCCCAAUGCCAUGGCGGUGAGCGAGUUGACCGACAAGCUGGGGCUGCAGACGCUGCGCAGCAGGACCUGGUAUGUGCAGGCAACGUGUGCGACCCAGGGCACGGGGCUCUACGACGGGCUGGACUGGCUAUCGCACGAGCUCUCCAAGCGCUAGCUGGGCCGGUGGCACAGGGACCGGAUGAGCCGGGGACGUCUCUUCCAACUGCUGUUUUGUUUGGUUUUCUUUGUUUUAUUUGGGGGGGGGUGUUUUUCCUUUCUCCCCCGAGUGGCCCCGUCUCUGUGUGUUUAUCUGGUAGGACUUGAACCUCAAGGACUCUUCGCGCAGCUCCACUUCGUGGUGUCCUGCCUUCGCCCCGGCAGCGCUGCGUGCUGGCCAUCCUCCCCACCUGCAUGUGCCGUCUGCGAGAGCUUGCCCGGACCUGCUGGGGUGGCAUGUCCCCAAGUGUCCCCGCUCCUCGCCCAGAGCCGGUGGUGGGGGCUGAGCUUGGCUGGGAGGCAGCCCUGCCACUGCAGGACAGGAAGGAUCCUCCUUUUUAUCCUCCGAUAAACUUUAUAGUUCUCUUUCUCUCGGGGAGGGGGCGUAUGGCUGCGUAACAUGCUGUUGUAUAUUGAGUAAUUAAACACCACCACUUUGUACC